GCAAAAGCUGCUGCUGCAUCCUUAGUCGUUGUCGACAGCUCACUAUCUCUUUCGUUCGUUCGACAACAAGAGAGUAAACAACAUCUCACCAUGCCUCACUCUUUCGGUAUCAGGGCGCGAACGCGUCACAUGUUCAGGAAGAACAUCAAGGACCAUGGAAUGCCUUCUAUGGCUACUUUCUUGGUGGACUACCGAGUCGGAGAUAUCGUCGAUAUCAAGGCCAACGCUUCGGAGCAGAAAGGUCUUCCUCACAAAUUCUACCACGGAAAAACCGGUAUCGUCUACAACGUUACUCCCCGUGCAGUCGGUGUGAUCGUUUACAAAGUCGUCAAUGGACGAUACCUUGAGAAACGAGUCAACGUCCGAGUCGAGCACGUCCGACACUCUAAAUGCCGAAAAGAAUUCUUGGACAGAGUCAAAUCCAACGCUCAAAAGAAGAAGGAGGCAAAGGAGAAGGGAGAGACCGUUCAACUCAAACGUCAACCCGUCAUGCCCCGUGAAAGCAGAGUCGUCAGCAUCAAGAACAAUGUUCCUCAGACUUUGACCGUCCAACCAUACGAGACUACCAUCUAAGGAGUGUCUGGUCGCUUUGGGCAGGUGGAGAUGGCUAGGAGUUUGUACGAUGCUGCAUGGAUAAUGUGGCCUACGACGA